AUCCAAACCUUAUCCAUGCAGACCCAACCGAAGAGCGUCUCCCGCUAGCGCCCGGAGCCGAUGCCGCUCGCCGGCAUCGCCCUCGCGCCUCUCCUCGUCUCCCACCUCGCGUGUCCCCGCCAUCGCCCUCGCAGCAGCAGCAGCGUUGCUGCCACCACCGCUGCGAGGAGGAGGAGGCCUCGCGCGCUUCGUCGAGAGCGGUGCUGCGCUACCGCUACAGCCGCGUCCGGUGAAGGCGCGGAAGACGGCGAGCUCUCCCGCGGGACGCUGCUCUGGAGGGCGGCGAAGCUUCCAAUCUACUCCGUGGCGCUCGUGCCACUCACGGUAGGAAGCGCCUGUGCUUACCAUCAUGCAGGUUCAUUCUUUGGGAAACGCUACUUUGUUCUGUUGGCUGCAGCAGUCCUUGUGAUCACUUGGCUCAAUCUAAGCAAUGAUGUUUACGAUUCAGAUACUGGGGCUGACAAGGACAAGAAGGAAUCUGUUGUUCACAUUAUUGGCAGAACGGUGACACAAAAUGCUGCAAAUAUUUCUCUCCUGUUCGGAUUUGUGGGGCUAUUUUGGGCCUUUGCCAAAGCUGGGGACGCAAGGUUCAUUUUGUUGGUGAUAUGUGCAAUCCUAUGUGGUUAUGUAUAUCAGUGUCCACCAUUCCGGUUAAGUUACAAGGGACUAGGUGAACCAUUAUGUUUUGCAGCAUUUGGUCCAUUGGCAACCACAGCUUUCUAUUUCUCAAACAGCAGCAGAAACACAUCAAGUGGAACAUCUCUUCUCCCUCUCAAUAAAACAGUCAUAGCUUCAUCCAUUCUAGUUGGGUUGACGACUACUCUGAUACUCUUCUGCAGCCAUUUUCAUCAGAUCGAUGGAGAUCGUGCUGUUGGAAAAAUGUCCCCCCUGGUAAGAAUUGGCACAAAAAUGGGAUCAAGAUUAGUGACUCUUGGGGUUGUCAUGCUUUAUGUUCUUUUGGCUGCUUUUGGCAUGAGCAAAUGUCUUCCAUCAACUUGCACUGUCCUUUGUGCCUUCACACUCCCUGUGGGUAAAUUGGUUGUGGACUAUGUGCUGAACAAUCAUGAAGACAACAACAAGAUUUUCAUGGCAAAGUAUUACUGUGUUCGGCUGCACGCUCUGUUUGGGAUGGCACUGGCUUGUGGCUUAGUCUUGGCUAGAAACGGCAGACUAGUCUGACAGAUGACCAACCUUGACAUCCUUGAGAAAAUCCAGAGCAGAGCGCCGUCUUGCAGUUUCAGACUGAGUAAAUGCACUUAUGCACAGCUUGAACGACAAUGCAAUGGCAGUGCGUUGCAGUGCAAUUGUGCAGUUCCUACGGCUGCUAGAUUGGGCAGGUAGAGCGAAUCAGCGAAGCACUGGUUUGGAAGCACUGCCAGCCAAAGCAGCGGAGGCGUAGAGUUGCGUAGAGGAGGAUAAAAAUUGCCUGAAACCGGAUGAAUGGAGAGGGGUUCAGUAGUACUUGGGUUGUUGGCUACAGAAUCCCAGCCAUUUAUCUCCAUGAGAAGAAAAGGCUUCGCUAUGCAUUCUCAUCGCUGUUACGUUGCCGUUACACAAUUGAGUUUUCAUGCAAGGACAGAUAGGACAUGUCAUGUUCUACCAUUUACUUCCUCCUCCCAGACACCAACCGCUAUUUGGAGGACUACACCACUCAUCUGGACAGCUUCACAUGUGCCUUUAACACACCUCAUUUUCGGAGUUUUUGGUGAGAGACGAGUUGCUUCAGGAAUUUUGUUCCUCUGUUUCUAAACUCAUGGAUUCACUCAUUUUUAAGAACAGGUUAAUUCAAAUCUGAAAAGAGAGUUUGGAUGCAAACCUGUAGUCACUGGCACAAGCGUGCAAAACUACAAGUGCAAUUUGCUAUCGGCUAUAGAGAAAUAAACUUUAUUAUCUGAACAACUGUAUACAACUGCAAGCGCUUCACAUGCUGUUCUGUGUUCAAACCUUAUGUCUUUCUACUUUUUACCACUGAUAACAG